AUGUUCACAAUUUUAGCUUCGCCAUUCAAACAGCUACGCUCUAAUGGCGGGCAAAUCCUUGCAUGGGGUGUGACGAAAGGCAACUGCCGCUUGCGCUUGCCGUCACACGGAAGUGGAACAGUGGUAGGUGAAAUACACUCGUCGUUUCUCGUACAUCAGAAGAAUAUUGCAAAUUCUGCGACUUCUGAAGAGUUUGCUGACCAUGACAACAUUGGAUUUCGACUGAUAAGGCCCAUAAGCACAGUUCGAGGUUUCCGGGAUUUUCCCUUGGUACCAUCACAUGCCAAAGAAAUAGAGAAAAAUAUGACUGGACAACAGUGUACUUUGUCGCGCGGAAAUUGUGUGGGAGAUGUGGACAAAAUGACGAAUCUAAAGGUGACGCUGCUACGCCUGUGACCGCCGCCGGAUAGCAUGCGCUGUGCGCCCAGGACGCCGCCGCGACCACGCUCCACCCGGCCGCCCAGCUAGCACCCGAGACUCGAGCUCCA